ACACGCUCCGAGAAGUCGCUGGAGCCAUCAGAGGAGCCAGCAUGGUGAAGUUUGCACCGCUGUUCAUGCCGUGGGAGCGCAGGCUGCAGACCUUCAUGGUCCUGCAGUGGGUCUUCUCCUUCCUGGCCCUGGCCCAGAUCUGCAUUGUGGUCUUCAUAGGCCUCCUGUUCACAAGAUUCUGGUUAGUCAGUGUCCUGUAUGCAACCUGGUGGUACCUGGACUGGGACAAGCCAUUGCAGGGGGGCAGGCCCAUCCAAGCCCUAAGGCGCUGCUUCCUGUGGAAGUACAUGAGGGACUAUUUCCCCAUCUCGCUGGUCAAGACUGCUGAGUUGGACCCCUCCCGGAACUACCUUGCGGGCUUCCACCCCCACGGGGUCCUGGCAGCUGGAGCCUUUGUCAACCUGUGCACGGACAGCACGGGCUUCCCUUCGCUCUUCCCAGGCAUCCGCCCCCAUCUGAUGAUGCUGAGCCUGUGGUUCCGGGCCCCUUUCUUCAGGGAUUACAUCAUGUCGGGGGGGCUGGUCACGUCGGACAAGGAGAGCGCUGCUCACAUUCUGAGCAGGAAGGAAGGAGGCAAUCUGCUGGCCAUUAUUGUAGGGGGUGCCCAGGAGGCCCUGAACGCCAGGCCGGGAGCCUUCACGCUGUUGCUCCGGAACCGCAAGGGCUUCGUCAGGCUCGCCUUGAUGCAUGGGGCACCUCUGGUGCCGAUCUUCUCUUUCGGGGAGAAUGAACUCUUUGACCAGGUCGAGAACUACCCUGGCUCCUGGUUGCGCUGGAUCCAGAACCGGCUGCAGAAGAUCAUGGGCAUCUCCCUCCCACUCUUCCAUGGCCGUGGUGUCUUCCAGUACAGCUUUGGUUUCAUACCCUACCGCCAGCCCAUCACCACUGUGGUGGGAAAGCCCAUUGAGGUGCAGAAGACACCAUACCCCUCGCAGGAGGAGGUGGACAAGCUGCACCAGCGCUAUAUCAGGGAGCUGUGUGACCUCUUCGAAGCCCACAAGCUGAAGUACAAUAUCCCCGCGGACCAACACUUGGAGUUCUGCUGAGUGCCUCCCCAGAGGGCAGGAUUGGCAUUAGGAGCCCAGUGGAAGGUGCUAUGAUCUAAGAAGGCUUCCUGGAGGCAUCUAUUGAACAUACCUUCACAGCCUUCCCAGACCUCUGCAAAUCCAACCACACCAGGCCCCAAGUCCCAGCCAGUGUGCGGGAGGGGACACCAGGCUCUGGAGUUGGUGAUUUUCACCCCUGCUGCGAAACCCCCUGCCAAUCUCCCUCUCCUUGGCCUGCUCCUCUGUGAAUGGGAGAGACUGCUGGAAGAGAGGGAUUUCUGAGGUCUCGGUCCCCUGUUGUCAUGUCACUCAAGGGACAGAGAAAGAAAGGGACCAC